AUGGAGAGAACUCGAUUCCUCAUACUAUCGAUCACACUGUUGUUGGCUAACUUAUUAGCAGUAGCAGCACAAAUGAAUGUCAGCACAGACCAGUCUGCUCUUCUUGCUCUCAAAGCCCAUAUCACUAGCGACCCUCAAAACAUGAUCUUCACCAACUGGUCCACCGCCACCCAACGCCACCUUAGAGUUGCGGUCUUGAACCUUUCUUACUUUGGUCUCACAGGUACUAUUCCUUCAGAACUUGGCAACCUAUCAUUUCUUGUCGAGCUGCACUUGAGAAAUAACAGCUUCCAUGGUACUUUGCCUAAGGAAUUGGCUCGUCUGCGCCGGUUGAAGUUGAUUAGCUUGGUAUGGAACAACUUUAUGGGAGCCAUUCCAUCAUGGUUUGGGUCCUUGUUCAAACUUGAAAGCUUCAAUUUGUUUGGUAAUCGGUUUUCCGGUCCCAUUCCAGCUGCUGUCUUCAACUUAUCUUCAUUGCAAGUACUUGAUCUAAGCUAUAAUCAGCUAUCAGGAAGAAUACCAAGAGAAAUCGGAAACUUAACUUUACUGUGGGUGAUAUACUUUGAUGGUAAUACAUUCACAGAAAUUCCCAACGAGAUUGGCUCUUUGAAUAAGUUGGAGUACUUGUUUGUGCAAGAAAAGGCUCUAACAUGCACUAUUCCUGUGACUUCUUCAACAUGUUUUCUUUGA